UCAUUUGGCAGGAAAUUGCUGCCCUCUGCAGUUUCACACGCUGGCAUGUGGCCCACAAAGGCACAUAUCUGCCAGCAGCAUUAUUGGAUAUUUUAAAAACCCUUACAAGUCUCAGGAGAAGCAGGAGAAGGCUGCUGGUAUUGACCCAACAUGCUUUCUUGAAAUUUCAUUGCUCUACUUUAGACUUUGUCAAUACAGGUCUUGCUAACAGUGGCGGCCGGUGACUUCUUUUUCCGAGGGCGCUUGAUGCGAAGUUCGUCACAACAUAUCUCUUUUGGCACCAGAAAACAUGUUUAUUAUAAAAGGGACCAAAACAGUUCCACAAGAAAACAGGAUCAUUUCGAAGAGGUUAUAUGAGCUUAAGGACAAGAAAAGGAGAGAAACGGCAUUGAAGGCAGGGGAGGACAGAGCCAUUCUUUUGGGACUGGGGAUGGUGCUUAGCUCUGUCAUGAUGUAUUUUGUGAUCGGCAUCACAAUGGUGCAUGCUUACACAGACAGUGCAUGGACAGAGGAGACCACCUGCACUGUGCUGAACUCAUCUUUAACAAAAUAUGUCAACUGUACAUAUGGCUGUGGUUCGGACUGUUGGCGAAUCUCCAAGUACCCCUGUCUACAGGUCUAUGUCAGGCUGAACACAACCGGCCGCGUAGGACUGCUCUCUCUUAGUGAGGAGAUGCUGGAGAUUAGCUCUGAGUGUUUCUAUGUGCCGAAAUGCCAGAAGGAUCACUCUGCCCUGCGUGUCCUGAUCACGAACAUUUCUGAGCAUGUGAAGAUGCACCAGCAGGUAACGUGCUACUCCAGCGAGCAUCAGGCCAGCAUCCUUCUGAACAACAUUUAUAAAAGCAGUUCAGUUUUCCACGCUCUCUUCUGGCCGUCUUGUAUGUUAUCUGGAGGAACCCUCAUCAUCCUAAUGGUCAAAUUUACUCAAUACCUCUCCAUACUGUGUGAGCAGAUUGGCAAAGUUGCUAGGUGAACAGUAAAUGACAGAUUAAAUAUUGAAUUUAAUAUCUCUGAAGAGCGCUUAAUUCAAGAUUGACUUAGUGCUGUUUGGGCAAAUCCAUAACGAAAGAUUUAUGCUC